GGCACCGAUCUCCCCCGCCCUCCUCCCAGCGCCAGGCUCGCAGCGCCGGAGCGUUUCGGCGGCGGCGGCAGCACCCGCCCUUCCCGGCCCCCCCCCCCCCCCCACCCCCACCAGCGGCGAUCGGGAGCCCCCCGCGCCACGGCACCCCCGCCCCGCACGCCCACCGCCGGGAGGAUGGGCAGCGGGCGGCGGCACGGCAGCCCCCGAGCUCCCUGAAGCCGCGGAGACAAAGGGAGCAGCAAAGCAGCGGCGGCAGCAGCCGGACCGGGGUGGAUGCAAGCAACCAUGAAAGGCUGGGUCCCCGCCUCCUCCUCCGCUGCUGCCAGAGAGCUGCCGGCUGCUGCUGCUCAGAGGACUACACUGUGAGGGGGGGGGCGGAGGAGAGGCCGGCUUGGUCUGCCGUGCAAAGGUAGAAGGUGUAAGGGAGAGGAGGAAAGAAAAUGUCUUCUUCGGUGGGGCCCCGCGGCCCUCGCCCGCCCACGGUGCCCCCCCCGAUGCAGGAGCUGCCCGACCUGAGCCACCUGACAGAGGAGGAGAGGAACAUUAUCAUGGCAGUGAUGGACCGGCAGAAAGAAGAGGAGGAGAAAGAAGAGGCCAUGCUCAAGAGGUUGCAUCAACAAUUUGAAAGCUAUAAAGAACAAGUAAGAAAGAUAGGGGAAGAAGCUCGCCGUUACCAGGGAGAGCACAAGGAUGAUGCUCCAACAUGUGGAAUCUGUCAUAAAACAAAGUUUGCAGAUGGUUGUGGCCAUUUAUGCUCUUAUUGCCGGACCAAGUUUUGUGCUCGAUGUGGAGGUCGUGUCUCUCUGCGAUCAAACAAUGAGGACAAAGUGUACAGGAAUACUGUUCCUACUCAUUGUGGAUCACAUUCAGCAGUACCUGUAAGAGUUAUGUGGGUAUGCAAUUUAUGUCGAAAGCAACAAGAAAUCCUAACAAAAUCUGGAGCGUGGUUUUUUGGAAGUGGACCACAGCCCUCACCCAGCCAGGACGGAGCGCUAAGUGAUACGGCGACUGGUGGAAGCUCGGAUGCACCGAGAGAAAAGAAAGCAAGACUUCAGGAGCGAUCGAGAUCACAGACUCCCUUAAGUACAGCAACUGCCUCAUCACAGGAAAUCUCUUCUUCCAGUGUGCAGUCCGACCGUAGAAAAGGAGCAGAAGUAUCGCAGCCAGCUAUGGGCCUGGACCAAAAGCAAGUUUCAUCAAGGUCUAGAAGUGAACCUCCAAGAGAGAGGAAGAAGACAAUAUUGGUUUCAGACCAGAAUGGCAAAGGUUUAAAGAGUGAGCGUAAGCGUGUGCCAAAAUCCUCACUUCAAAAAGAAGGACCAGCAGAUGACAGGGAGCGUAAAGAACGGCAUGAAGGUAGAAGGCUGGAGAAAGGCAAGUCACAGGACUACCCUGACUUGCCAGAGAAACUUGAGGAAGGCAAAGUGCCUGAUGAUGAAAAACAAAGGAAGGAAGAUGAAUAUCAUACCCGUUACAGGAGUGACCCAAAUCUGGCAAGAUAUCCUGUAAAACCGCAUCCUGAGGAACAGCAGAUGCGCAUGCAUGCAAAAGUUUCUAAAGCACGGCAUGAGAGAAGACACAGUGAUGUAGCUUUGCCGCAUACAGAAAUGGAGGAAGCGGAGGUACCUGAGAAUAAAUUAGGAAAACGCUCACAAUUACAGGGAACUCAUGACAGAAAAUCUCUUGUGGAAACUCAGAGGUCGUACUCUAUAGACAGAACAGGUGAUGUAAGAAUUUCUGUUUCUAAACAAUUAACUAAUCAUAGCCCACCAACUCCCAGGCAUAGUCCAGUUCCUAUAGAACACGUAGAAUACAAGAACCACGAUUCCUUUAAAAAACAGAGCCGCCUUGAUCCUAGCUCUGCUAUUCUCAUGCGAAAAGCAAAGCGGGAGAAAAUGGAGACCAUGCUAAGGAAUGAUUCCCUUAGCUCUGACCAGUCGGAAUCAGUGCGGCCAUCCCCUCCAAAGCCUCAUAGAGCAAAAAGAGGCGGAAAGAAAAGGCAGAUGUCAGUUAGUAGCUCAGAGGAAGAAGGGGCAUCAACACCAGAAUAUACUAGCUGUGAAGAUGUGGAGAUAGAAAGUGAAAGUGUCAGUGAAAAAGGUGACUUGGAUUACUACUGGCUGGAUCCUGCCACGUGGCACAGCAGGGAGACAUCCCCUAUUAGUUCGCAUCCCGUAACGUGGCAGCCUUCUAAGGAGGGAGAUCGCUUAAUAGGGCGUGUUAUUCUUAACAAGAGAACAACCAUGCCAAAAGAGUCAGGUGCAUUAUUGGGGCUAAAAGUUGUUGGAGGAAAAAUGACAGAAUUAGGACGACUCGGUGCCUUUAUUACCAAAGUGAAGAAAGGUAGCUUGGCUGAUGUGGUGGGGCAUCUCAGAGCAGGGGAUGAAGUCCUAGAAUGGAAUGGUAAACCCUUGCCUGGAGCUACAAAUGAAGAAGUUUACAACAUUAUUUUAGAAUCAAAAUCAGAACCUCAAGUUGAAAUUAUUGUUUCAAGGCCUAUUGGACAUUUUCAUCAGUUCCAUUCCGUGAACUCCUUGAGACGUUUAUAUAAAAAUUACUAUGAUAUUCCACGGAUUCCUGAGACUUCUCACCCUCCGUUAGAGUCUAGUUCAAGUUCUUUUGAAUCUCAGAAGAUGGAAAGGCCUUCUAUUUCUGUUAUAUCUCCGACCAGCCCUGGAGCCCUACGGGAUGCACCACAAGUCCUACCAGGGCAGCUUUCUGUUAAACUGUGGUAUGACAAAGUAGGACAUCAGUUAAUAGUAAAUGUUCUGCAAGCAACAGAUUUGCCACCAAGAGUAGAUGGACGCCCCAGGAAUCCCUAUGUAAAAAUGUAUUUUCUUCCAGACAGAAGUGAUAAGAGUAAAAGGAGGACCAAAACAGUAAAGAAAAGUCUAGAGCCAAAAUGGAACCAAACUUUUCUCUACUCACAUGUACAUCGUAGAGAUUUUAGAGAACGAAUGCUUGAAAUAACUGUAUGGGAUCAGCCACGAGUACAAGAAGAAGAGAGUGAAUUUCUUGGAGAGAUUCUUAUAGAGCUGGAGACAGCACUUUUAGACGAUGAACCACAUUGGUAUAAGCUACAGACACAUGAUGAAUCUUCACUACCUCUGCCUCAGCCAUCACCUUUCAUGCCAAGAAGACAUGUUCAUGGUGGAGAAAGCACUAGCAAAAAAUUACAGAGAUCUCGGCCAAUCAGUGAUAGUGACAUCUCAGAUUAUGAUGUUGAUGAUGGUAUUGGAGUUGUUCCUCCAGUAGGUUAUAGAUCUAGUACUAGAGAAAGUAAAUCUACAAUGCUAACUGUGCCAGAACAGCAAAGAACAACACAUCAUCGUUCACGAUCUGUAUCUCCUCACCGUGGCGACGAUCAGGGCAGGACCCGUUCACGUUUACCAAAUGUGCCAUUACAGAGGAGUUUAGAUGAAAUUCAUCAAAUGAGAAGAUCACGUUCUCCAACUAGACACCAUGAUGCCUCCAGAACUCCAGUUGAUUACAGAUCCAGAGACAUGGAUAGUCAGUAUUUGUCUGAUCAAGAAAGUGAGCUUCUUAUGCUGCCCAGAGCAAAACGAGGAAGAAGUGCAGAGUGCCUACAUACCAUCAGAAGUUCUGUUAGGCACUAUAAAACAUUACCACCCAAGAUGCCUUUACUAGAAAAUGGUACUCAUUGGAACCUAUACAGUGAACUACAGCCCUCCCUUGACAGGGCUAGGAGUGCUAGUACCAACUGCUUGAGACCAGAUACUAGUUUGCAUUCACCAGAACGAGAAAGGGGUAGAUGGUCCCCCUCCCUAGAGAGGAGACGACCUACUAGUCCCAGGAUUCAUAUCCAGCAUGCAUCUCCGGAGGAUGACAGAACAAGGACGCUGGAGUCUUGCAUUCCAAAACAGGACAGUGUAGACCACCUAAGUGCUAAACCUGGAGCAGCACAGAGGCAGUCCAGAAAAGUGGAAAGAUAUAGCAGCCAAAAACAAACUAGGAAAGGCUCCGCAACUGAAACAGAAAGGGGUCUUCUACCAUGUCUUUCUAGAAGGGGACUUCCAACCCCACGAACAACUGAACAGCCAGUCAUUAGGGGAAAACAUCACGCUCGCUCAAGGUCGAGUGAGCACCCUAGUAUCAGACCCUUAUGCUCUGUACAUCACCUUGCGCCCGGAGGGUCGGCGCCACCUUCUCCACUUCUGACAAGAAUACAUCAACAAGGAAGUCCGUCACAGUCUCCUCCUGCAGACACAGCCUUCAGCAGUCGCAGGGGAAGACAGCUCCCGCAAGUUCCAGUAAGAAGUGGCAGUAUAGAGCAAGAGCAAGAGACUUUUAACUCUUCCACAAAAGCAAGCUUAGUAGUGGAGGAACGAACAAGACAGAUGAAAAUGAAAGUGCACCGUUAUAAUCAGACAUCAGGGUCUGGUUCUAGCCAAGAACAUGAGCGUGAGCAAUAUACCAAGUAUAAUAUACAAACAGAUCAGUACAGAAGUUGUGAUAACGUCUCUGCCAAAUCAUCAGAUAGUGAUGUCAGUGAUGUGUCAGCCAUUUCCCGAACCAGCAGUGCCUCACGCCUCAGCAGCACAAGUUUUAUGUCAGAGCAAUCUGAACGCCCUCGGGGCAGAAUCAGUACAUUUACUCCUAAAAUGCAAGGCAGACGGAUGGGGACUUCAGGGAGAAUCACUAAGAGCACAAGUGUGAGCGGAGAGAUGUAUAAGCUGGAGCACAAUGACGGGAGUCAGUCGGACACGGCUGUCGGCACGGUUGGAACAGGUGGGAAGAAAAGGCGUUCCAGCCUUAGUGCCAAAGUGGUUGCCAUAGUGUCUCGAAGGAGCAGAAGCACAUCUCAACUUAGCCAAACAGAGGCUGGCAACAAGAAGCUAAAGAGCACGAUACAGAGAAGCACAGAGACGGGAAUGGCAGCAGAGAUGAGAAGUCGUAUGGUUCGACAGCCAAGUCGGGAAUCCACUGAUGGCAGCAUAAAUAGUUAUAGCUCCGAGGGCAACUUAAUAUUUCCUGGAGUACGGCUGGGCGCUGACAGUCAGUUUAGUGAUUUCCUCGAUGGACUUGGACCUGCACAGUUAGUAGGCCGACAAACACUAGCAACGCCUGCCAUGGGUGACAUCCAGAUUGGAAUGGUGGAUAAAAAGGGCCAGUUAGAAGUAGAAGUCAUUAGAGCCCGUGGCCUCACACAAAAACCUGGCUCCAAGUCUACCCCAGCUCCGUAUGUCAAAGUGUAUUUAUUGGAAAAUGGAGCAUGUAUAGCUAAGAAGAAGACAAGAAUUGCACGGAAGACCCUUGAUCCUUUGUACCAACAGACACUGGUUUUUGAUGAAAGUCCACAGGGUAAAGUCCUUCAGGUAAUAGUUUGGGGAGACUAUGGUCGAAUGGACCACAAAUGCUUCAUGGGAGUUGCCCAGAUCCUUCUGGAGGAACUAGAUCUGUCCAGUGUGGUAAUAGGCUGGUACAAAUUAUUUCCACCUUCAUCACUAGUGGAUCCAACCUUGACUCCCCUGACACGCAGGGCUUCCCAGUCAUCUCUGGAAAGUUCAACUGGGCCUCCCUGCAUUAGAUCGUAGUAGCAGGUGCUGUCUAAUAAAAACAUCACCCAGGAUAACAAUUGGAACCAGAUAUUCACAUGAUCAAAAAACACUGUUGGAGAGAGACAAUCACUUCUGUUUUUGCUUGUAGUAGUUAUCCAAACAUAUGUCUGUUUGUCGAGCGAUGGCUUAAAAUGACAGAACAAAGGUACGUCACAUAGAGCCAAUCUAUUAGAGGCUAUCACCGAUGCUUAUAAUGAUUAAAAGAAAAAAAGAAAAAAAAAAAAAA